AUGAAGAGUGACUCGGUUGUUGAACUGAGGAGAUUGCUUUCAACAUUUUCAGAGAAUCUUGCAGCUAUCGAUAAAUUCGAUAUCGACUUGUGGGAUUUUACAAAAUUCAAUUUGCUUUUAGAGAAACUCGACUCGACUCUCAAGACGAGGUUCGAACUCAAAUUUUGUGAUAAAGAUAUCCCAACUUUUCAAGAUUUAUGUGAUUUUUUGGAACAGAAUUGUAAAGCUUUAGAAAACUCUUUAGUUACCUCAAGAGGUAUUACCCCUACCAAGAGGCUUGACGUUUCGAAGCGAGUUUCAACCGAUACACGUAGACCCACAUCUAUGAUAGCGACGUCUACCCCUCCGAGUGCUGAUGUGAGUUGCACCAGUAAGUGUUUAUACUACCAUCCUCUGACAGAGUGUGAUUCCUUCCUAUCUCUUGAGCCCCCUCAAAGGCAUGUGUUCAUCAAGCAACACCGUCUGUGCUUUAAUUGCUUCGCGAGAUCCCAUGGUGUUGGAAGAUGCCCCUCCAAGAUUAAUUGUCGUGUAUGUGGCAAGCGCCACCAUACUUUAGUGCAUUUUGGAAAUGCUACUACCCCCUCCCCGUCGAAUGAAACUCCCCCUGCUCCCGGCAACCAGGAAGGUACUAUCCCUAGUCCGGUGACCAUGAUGACCAAUCUCUCCUCUCAAAAGGUCGUGCUCUUUGCCACUUGCUUGGUGUCCGUUUCGGAUAAAUCUGGCAGACUUGUUACUUAUCGUGCACUGUUGGAUUCAGCUAGUCAAGCCAGUUUUGUGACAGAUUCCUUUGCGAAGAAAUUGGAGCUUCCAAGGUCUCUCUCUCCGACACCAAUUCAAGCCCUCAACCAAAUGUCGACGUCUGCGUUAGGGAAGGUUGCCCUGAGCGUGACCCCCUCCCAAAGAAAAUCCCCUGCUCUCCAUAUAGAGGCUUUAGUUAUUCCAUCUAUUUGUGAUAAGGUACCCUACCAUGUGAUUGAUAAGCAGAAUCUAAAACAUCUCAGGUCCCUACCCUUGGCUGAUCCCCACUUCUGUGAACCCAACGAAAUAGACGUGCUUUUAGGGGCAGAGGUUUACGGAGAUAUUUGUUUGCCUGGAUUUAGAAAAGGACAGAACGGUGGCCCAGGCGCUUUUCGGACCAUCUUCGGAUGGGUUGUCCUAGGAAAAGUGAAUUUUUUAGAACCAUCUUCUCCCUUUAGUUUUUAUACCACUGUGAGUACUGCUGUUGAUGUUUCUUUGAAGAGAUUUUGGGAACUCGAGUCCGUCCCUUCAAAGACCUUUAUGUCUCCUGAAGGCAAAUUGUGUGAGGAGAUCUUUCUCUCUACCCAUUCCCGUGCCCCUUCAGGUAGAUACGUCGUAUCCUUACCCUUUAAGGAUAAACACCCUUCACUUGGUGAAUCUUACCCUCAAGCCCUUAGGCGAUUCCAGUUGUUAGAGGCGCGUUUGGCCAAGAACCCAACUUUGCGAUUAGACUACAACGAGUUCUUGAGAGAUUAUUGA